CGGAGGGUUUUUUCUGUCAGUCACCAUGGAGGUACAAAGCGCAGAGGCAUGGCGGCGUUCUCUUCUGAUUUAAUGGACUGGCGAGAGACAAAGCGCUUUGUAGAGAAACAGUGCCGUUGUUUUUUUGUUGCGCUGUGCAUUUAUUUUUCGCGCGAAUGAAUGAGCGCAGGAGGACACGCGUUUCCGACCCAGCCGAUGUAUUUGCCUGGCAGUCUGCGAUUGUUUUAGAAGCGCAAUGCUCAAUCGGAGAGCUUAAUCCUUUUGCAGCUUGAAGAAAGACAGAAAAAGAGAGAGAAAGAAACAAAGGAGACAGUUUUGUACAUUUUUUAAUUAGAUAUUAUUGUUAUGUGUUUUAAAUGGAACUUUAUUUUCUUGGAAAGUGGUACCGCGGCAACUUUGCCUAUUUUCUUCUGCUCCCUCUCGCGAGCUGAGAGCGCCUCCGUAGAAGACUGCGAAGCGGGAUUUUUUCCUUUGGGAUUGGAUUGAUAGAACAACUCAAAACCGCGGCUGGAAGCGCGGCCUGCGGGACCGGCACCGGGAACUGACGCCGGGAGGGGACGGGACCGGCAGCAACCAACCCGUUCUUUACUGAAGAUUCUUCCGCCACCCCUCCUCUUUUUUAGUUCUUCUUAUCUAUUAUUUGCUUUGUGGAGAGGACCAGAAUGGCGUCCUACGUGGAUAACAGUUUCCGACAGGCGGUGAUGAAAAAUCCGGCAGAAAGAACGCAACAGGAUCUAGAAAUUGUUUACUCCUAUCUUCAUGGAAUGGAAGCUUUAUCAAAUCUGAGGGAGCAUCAGUUAAGGUUAAUGUGUGAAACUGUGCGUUAUGAAAGACAUGAAGCAAAUGAAGUUUUGUACUACCCCGAUGACAUUGGUACCUGUUGGUAUAUCCUCCUGUCUGGUUCAGUGUUCAUCAAAGAAUCCAUGUUUUUGCCAAGGAGCAGUUUUGGCAAGCGCUCGGCAGGAAGCCUCAGGCGUGGAUGUGAAUGCAUUGUCUUGGAGCCUUCAGAAAUGAUUGUGGUGGACUAUAUGGAUGAAAAUGAGGAAUAUUUUCAGCGGCAAGCAUCUCACAGGCAAUCUCGCAGGAGAUUUAGGAAGAUUAACCAGAAAGGAGAGAGACAAACCAUUAUUGACACUGUGGAUCCGUACCCGGUCGGGAAACCACCUCUACCCCGAGGAUACCAUACGGAAUGCACUAAACCUCAGCUUCCUGCAGAUUUCAGCAAGCUCCACCUCACAGACAGCCUUCAUCCACAGGUGACGCACGUCUCCUCCAGCCAUUCAGGAUGUAGCAUUACAAGUGACUCUGGCAGUAGCAGUCUGUCCGAUAUUUACCAGGCCACAGAGAGUGAGGCUGGGGACAUGGAUUUGAGUGGGCUGCCAGAGACAGCAGUGGAUUCGGAGGAGGAUGACGAUGAAGAGGAUAUUGAAAGGGCAUCAGACCCUCUGAUGAGCAGGGAUAUAGUCCGAGACUGCCUUGAGAAGGAUCCCAUGGACAGAGCUGAUGAUGAUAUUGAGCAAUUACUAGAGUUCAUGCAUCAGUUGCCUGCGUUUGCUAACAUGACAAUGUCUGUAAGGAGGGAGCUUUGUGCAGUGAUGGUGUUUGCAGUGGUAGAACGAGCCGGAACAAUUGUGCUCAAUGAUGGGGAAGAGCUGGACUCAUGGUCAGUUAUUUUAAAUGGAUCUGUUGAAGUGACACAUUCAGAUGGGCGGACUGAAAUACUUUGCAUGGGUAACAGCUUUGGAGUCUCUCCUACUAUGGAAAAAGAAUAUAUGAAGGGAGUGAUGAGAACGAAGGUAGAUGAUUGCCAGUUUGUGUGCAUCGCCCAGCAGGAAUACUGCUGCAUCCUCAAUCAAGUGGAGAAAAACAUGCAGAAAGUAGAAGAGGAGGGGGAGAUUGUCAUGGUGAAGGAGCACAGAGAGCUGGACCGCACAGGAACCCGUAAAGGACACAUUGUAAUCAAGGGCACACCUGAAAGGUUAACAAUGCAUCUAGUAGAGGAACACUCUGUGGUGGACCCCACAUUCAUUGAAGACUUUCUUUUAACAUACCGAACUUUCCUGUCUAGCCCGAUGACUGUGGGCAAGAAGUUGUUGGAGUGGUUUAAUGACCCCAGCCUCAGGGACAAGGUUACACGGGUAGUGCUGCUUUGGGUAAACAAUCAUUUCAAUGAUUUUGAAGGAGAUACAGCCAUGACACGCUUUCUGGAAGAUUUUGAAAACAAUUUAGAGCGAGAGAAAAUGUUUGGACAUCUGCGACUGUUAAAUAUUGCCUGUGCUGCUAAAGCUAAACGAAGACUAGUAACACUAACAAAGCCUUCCAGGGAAUCUCCACUGCCCUUUCAGCUUUUAGGGGGAUCAGAGAAAGGGUUUGGAGUCUUCAUUGACAGUGUGGAAUCUGGGAGCAAAGCUGCUGAGGCUGGCUUAAAGCGUGGCGAUCAGAUUUUAGAGGUUAAUGGACAAAACUUUGAAAAUAUUCAGCAUUCAAAAGCCAGUGAAAUCUUGAAGAAUAACACCCACUUGUCUAUCACUGUGAAAACCAACUUGUUCGUUUUUAAAGAACUUCUAGCAAGACCAGUUGAAGAAAAGAAAAAUGGCGCUCCCCACCUCCCAAAGAUUGGUGAUAUUAAGAAAGCUAGUCGCCACUCAAUUCCUGACCUAGCAGUAGACGUUGAACAGGUGAUAGGACUUGACAAAUCAAACAAAAAGGGCAAGGCCAAUACUGUAGGUGGAAGAAAUAAAUUGAAAAAAAUCCUCGACAAAACCCGGAUUAGCAUUCUGCCACAGAGACCGUACAAUGAUAUUGGAAUUGGACAAUCACAAGAUGACAGCAUAGUGGGAAUGAGGCAGUCUAAUCACAUCCCUCCUGCUCUACCUGUGAGUGGGACAUUAUCGUCAAGCAAUCCUGACCUCCUUCAGUCUCAUCACCGCAUAUUGGAUUUCAGCAAUCCUCCUGAUUUGCCCGAUCAAGUUCUUAGAGUUUUUAAAGCUGACCAGCAAAGUCGCUAUAUAAUGAUCAGCAAAGACACAACAGCAAAGGAAGUUGUGGUCCAGGCCAUCAGAGAAUUUGCACUAACUGCCGCUCCCGAGGCCUAUUCUCUCUGUGAAGUUUCAGUCACUCCGGAAGGUGUCAUCAAACAGCGCCGUCUUCCGGACCAGCUGUCAAAGUUAGCAGACAGGAUACAACUCAGCGGAAGGUACUAUCUGAAAAAUAACAUGGAAACAGAGACAUUGUGCUCUGAUGAAGAUGCGCAGGACUUGCUGAGAGAAAGUCACAUCUCACUUCUGCAGCUGAGCACUGUGGAGGUCGCUACUCAGCUGUCCAUGAGAAAUUUUGAACUCUUCCGUAACAUUGAGCCCACGGAGUACAUUGAUGACCUCUUUAAGCUCAAGUCAAAGAUUGGCUGUGUUAAUCUCAAGAAAUUUGAAGAAAUCAUCAACCAAGAGACCUUUUGGGUGGCUUCAGAAAUUGUGAGAGAGCCAAAUCAGCUAAAGAGAAUGAAGAUCAUAAAGCAUUUCAUUAAAAUUGCAUUGCAUUGUAAAGAGUGCAAGAACUUCAAUUCUAUGUUUGCAAUAAUCAGUGGACUGAACUUAUCUCCAGUAUCAAGACUACGUGGUACUUGGGAAAAGCUUCCAAGCAAGUAUGAAAAACUGUUUCAAGACUUGCAAGACCUCUUUGAUCCCUCGAGAAACAUGGCCAAAUAUCGUAAUGUCCUCAAUAGCCAAAAUCUGCAACCUCCUAUCAUUCCUCUUUUUCCGGUGAUAAAGAAGGACCUGACAUUCCUGCACGAAGGCAAUGACUCAAAAGUUGAUGGCCUGGUGAAUUUUGAAAAGCUAAGAAUGAUAGCAAAAGAGAUACGCCACGUUGGCCGCAUGGCUUCUGUGAACAUGGAUCCUGCUUUGAUGUUCAGAACUAGGAAGAAGAAAUGGCGAAGUCUUGGGUCCCUGAGUCAAGGAAGCACGAAUGCAGCAGUGUUGGAUGUGAGUCAGUCUGGAGGCCACAAGAAACGUGUUCGCCGGAGUUCAUUUCUAAAUGCCAAAAAAUUGUAUGAGGAUGCCCAAAUGGCUCGCAAGGUCAAACAAUACCUGUCCACCUUGAAUUUAGACACUAAUGAGGACUACUUGCAUACCAUCUCUCUACAGUGUGAGCCAUCUACCAAUACAUUGCCCAAAAGUUCAGGAGACAAGAAGAGUGGAAAGUCAGAUACAUCGCCUGUCAUUCCUAGAGCAGCUAACCAGCAGCAGCAGCAGCAAAAAGGAAUUCAAGCACUUCAGGUCCCAGCUGUUUCACUUUAUCCUUCUCGAAAGAAGGUACCAGUGAAAGAUCUGCCACCAUUUGGUACCAGUUCACCGCAGGCUUUGAAGAAGCUUCUCUCUUUAUCAGAGGAAGCAAGUGAACGACACAGAAAGCCACCUGAGGAUGCCAUAUCGAAUGCAUCUUCACAGCUGUCUUCCCCACCAACGUCUCCUCAGAGCUCACCUAGAAAAGGUGGCAUUAAACAGAGAUCUCAAGGAUUCAUGGAGUCCGACCUAACAGGCUCCUGCUCGUCUUUCCUGGGACGUGAGAACAGUAACAGAAAUAACAGUGCACAACGGACCUAUGGGAUAGGUUAUCCUUUGGUUCAGAGUGGAACAAUUGAUAAUUUUUCAGACUCUGGGCACAGUGAAAUUUCUUCCCGGUCCAGCAUUGUUAGCAACUCCUCCUUCGACCUGAUGUCAGGCCACAUUCAUGAUGAGAGGAGGCAGAGACAUUCAGUCAGUGUGGUUGACUCCAGCUUGGGUAUGGGAAGGUUGGAGAGAAGAGCCACUCUUGACCCUGACCAGUACAGCCUUAGUUCUUAUGCAUCAAUGCAUGAAGGUCGAAAUUUGUAUGCCAGUGGUACAGUGCUUUCAUCCCCAAGUUCAGAAGAACUUAUGCAAGAUCAGGGAGAUAGAGCCUCACUUGAUGCUGCAGACAGUGGUCGAGGAAGCUGGACUUCUUGUUCUAGUGGGUCACAUGACAAUAUUCAAACAAUGCAGCACCAGAGGAGCUGGGAAACACUGGCAUUUGGACACCCACACUUUGAUAGUUCUGUUGAAGGUGCCGGACUAUGGGCAUCAGGCUGUCAAAUAGAGCACAACAUGUUUAUAGACCAAAGCUCAAAGCUUGGCCGCAAUGCCCAGGAGCUUGGGCAGUCCAGAGGGAGCUGGGCCUCCUCCACUGGCUACUGGGGUGAAGAGUCUGAAGGUGAUACAGGGACUAUAAAGAGAAGGGGUGGUAAAGAUGUUACUGCUGAUGCAGAAACGAGUAGUGUGACAUCUGUGACAUCCGAAGACUCCAAACACAGCAGGCCUCCUCAUAUUGCAAUCCCAUCUGGAACAGCAAAAGGUCUAAUUGCACGGAAAGAAGGCAGGUUUCGGGAGCCCCCUCCAACCCCACCAGGCUACACAGCCCUGACCAUUUCUGACUUCCCAGAGGCACAAGCGCACACUGGCAGGAAACCCCCUGAUUACAACGUAGCACUGCAACGGUCCCGCAUGGUGACACUCCCUGGUGAUCCUCAGCAGACACGCACAGGCACCAGGCCUCUUGGUCGACCGCAGUGGCACAAGCCAAAUGAAGCAGACCCACGAAUAUCUCACUUCCAGUCCCAAGGGUUCUCAGCUGAGGAAGAGGAUGAAGAUGAACAGGUGUCUGCGGUUUAGCCCACCUGGCCCCCGGGAGACCUGGACAUCCUUCAUUUGUGUUUGGUGGAUGCACCUCGCCUUCUUCCUUGCCUUAAAGCAGCAUGGGGCUUUGUGUAACCCCGCAUGUGGAAUACUGUGAAGAAAACACCUUGGCACUUUGGAAAACUCUCGAUUCAUUUGGAGGUCCCCCUCGACCGUUUACACGUCUUCACCAACCCAUUAGCCUGUGGCUGCAUUUCUAACCUUCUCUUGGGGUUAUUUUACUGACUGUUCCCAGUUACCCACCUCACCGUUGCGUUGUUUGAAAAUGUACAGCGCAGUCGGAGGACUUCAUGCCCCAGUGGCUAGUACUCCUUGGAGGGGGUCUCUCGUAGCCUUGCUCUAUUGCAAAGAAUUGGUCGCACUCUUUUCUAUUUGAUAAACCUUCUGUUCCUAAAUACGCUGGUGUUGUAGCGUUCACAUAGGCUCCUGCACUGUGUGUUUCCUAACAAGGUGGUCCCACUGUGCACAGGAUUCCCUCCCCAGUUGCUGAGGAUCACUGAGUUGUGGCUGUAUUUUGCAUUUUUUUUCUAGAAUCUUCUUUUUUUUGUUGUUGUUUGUUUGUUUUUCUCUGCAUCAUUGCUGCUUGUACCAAUUCUCCCUGGCUCCUCAACUGGUUUAUGCAGCAAAAUUUGGAAGCAAAUAAAAACAGCACACUCUUCGUCUGGUCGGUGUGUAGACGCGCACCCUUCGGCUGCGGCUUUUUGUUUGUUUUUUUUUUAAUAUAUACACGUAUCGGUAUCAAAACAAGGAACCCUCUGUCCCCACAAGAACCAUUCCAAGAUUUUCUUGUGUCUCCUUCACACCAUCUCUUUGUCUUUGGGUGCCCUCUUUUUGUUAAUCUUUUUUUUUUUGUUUGUUUUUCUUCUUCAAAGAUUUUCUCGAUUCCUCCAAGUGUCUCUGGAACCGCAGCUCGUUCAGUAAACACAAGUCCAUGUUAUUGGCACCAUGUGCAAACGUUUUUAUAUUUGAUGAAUUUCAUGCAUGAAGUACUCGGACAAUAACACAGCAAUGAUUGUUUCAGAUUUAACCAAGUUUUUAUGUUGCAGUUUUAUGAUAUUGUGCUUAGAGAACAAAUGUGUUAAUUCAUAAUUACAGUAUUAUUUUACAUGUUUUAAGUUAUAAAUUUUUUUAUUUUUUGUAUUUAAACUGGAUGACAUUGCAGUGUAAAGGCAGCUCCUUGUCUCCUCUUAAUGCUAACUAAAGUGAGCGUUUUUUGUUUUUUUUAUUGCCCUGUACUGACUUGAUAAAAAAUAUAUAUAUAUAUAUUAAAAAAUCUUGCAUUUUCAAAGGUAUACAUUUACCAUUCUGUUAGAGUCUUUGCCAAUGAAGAAUGGACAUCAAGUUCACGUUGGCGUUAGCAGACUACACUGCAUGUCCAGAGGUCGUGAAACACCAGGCAACACCAUCAGCAGUAAAGAAAAACUCCGUGGUGGGCUCAUUUGUUGAGCAGCAAAAUAUUUCUGUUCGGUUUUCAUCUUUUUAAUUUUUAUUUUAAUUGUUAACCGUGGAUUGUCAUUAUUAGCGGAUGGUUUGAUUAACCACUUUGUUAAUCGGGGAUAGUCAUGAGUGGACACUUCCCGUGCAACGAUAGAAACCCUUAUACAAAAUAAAUAAAACAUUGCAGUCGGCGAUCAAUAAGGUUUUGUCCUUAACUGCCACCAAAAUGGAGUUUUUCGUCAUUUCUGCUCUAUUAUCCAGCGCUCAUUUCUGAUGAGAACACUCCUGGUAGUCGGACCCCCGCGCCUCUGUAGUUGCCUCCUGUUUCAUUACCUUCUCGUAGCCUAGCACAUAACAAAUUGCUCCCUGCUGCUAUUUAUUUCCCCUUUUAAUGACUGAAAGUCAGAUUUCCUAUAAUAUUGUUGCACAGACUCCAGGAAACGAUAAAAUAAAAUAAAAAUAAAAAUUGAAGGCUGCCAAUCUGAGUAGUACUCAUAUGUGAGGAACUGCAAUUUGUUUCUAUUUUAUUUUUUUCAAUUUCAUUUCUGAUCAGCUGAUCAUAUUGAUCAGUACCUAGUUAUAGAAUAAACUAAAAAAAAGAUGAUUGCAGUGUUUUUUCACUGUAUUAUAUAACAUCAGUGCUUUAUUUAAUAUUUUGCUCUCCUAAGAAAACUUGUAUUUUCUUUUGGCUGAUUUUGCAGAUAUAUCAAUUGUUGGUUAUUUAACAGUAAUAUGCAUUAAUCAGUUUCACUAUAUAGUCUAUGGAGAUCGUGUGCAUAUAGGCAGGCAAAAUCCUAGUUCUAAAUCAAGUUGCACAAAAAUGUAUAAGCAUUAGGUAACUGUAGUACAAAACUGCUAAUCUCAGUUUGAUCUGUGAUGUCAAGUGCAAAAUGUACAUUUAACUGGUUAUUUCCUCAUACUUUUGAUACUACUUGUACCUGUAUGUCUUUUAGAAAGACAAUUGGUGGAGUCUGUAUCCCUUUUUUUGUAUUUUUAAUACAAUAAUUGUAAAUAUUGGUUAUAUUUUUGUUGAAAAUGGUAGAAAUGUACGAUGUUUAUGCCUCAACCUCCAGUUUAUAUAAAGCUGGAAAUCAAUAAAUAUUGCAAAAAUAA